AAGUGGGCGUAGCUGGUCAGCACUGACCUCCGAUGUUUCUCGGCAGGAACCAAUACAAAAAUACAACAGCAUCCUAAAAUUAACAAGAAAAAAAAUAGAAAUAUUUUCCGAAACUAAAUUUGUGGAGAUCUGUCGGAGAAGAAAGAAGUGAAAGGAAGGCUAUUAUCCUCUUUCCAUUCGUUGGUUCAGCUUCUGGUUCUGGUACGCUUAAUUGAUUGUAUUUGGUUUAUUAUUAUGAUUAGAUGAUGCGAUGAUUUGUUUAUGAAGCGAGGGGAAGCUGAUGAGAGAUCGUUGUUGGAUGAAUAUAUGAUAAUAAUAAUCGGUGUGUUUGAUGGGCAACACAUGCCGCGGAUCUUUGAAAGGGAAAUAUAUUCAGGGCUUCAGCCAGCCCGAAGACCACUCCAAGCGCACAACCCAUUCUGAUCGCUCCGACUCAACUAAGCAAAUUCCCAAUUCCGCAGAAAACAAAAAUCUACCCUUGAACGCCCGGAAAGAAGCCAUCAUGCGCCGAGGCCUCGACAACCAAGCAUACUAUGUCUUGGGCCAUAAGACUCCCAACAUUCGUGAUCUAUACACUCUUGGCCGCAAAUUGGGCCAGGGACAAUUCGGCACCACUUAUUUAUGCACCGAGAAUUCCACCUCCAAUGAAUAUGCUUGCAAAUCCAUCUCCAAACGGAAGUUGAUUUCCAAGGAGGACGUCGAGGACGUUAGGAGGGAAAUUCAGAUUAUGCAUCAUUUAGCUGGUCACAAGAACAUUGUCACCAUCAAGGGUGCUUAUGAGGACCCUCUCUAUGUCCAUAUUGUCAUGGAGCUUUGUUCUGGUGGUGAGUUGUUUGAUCGCAUCAUCCAGAGGGGCCACUAUACCGAGAGGAAGGCCGCUGAGUUGACCAGAAUCAUUGUUGGUGUUGUUGAGGCAUGCCAUUCCCUCGGGGUUAUGCACAGAGAUCUCAAGCCUGAAAACUUUUUGUUGGUUAAUAAAGAUGAUGAUUUCUCUCUUAAAGCAAUUGAUUUUGGCCUCUCCGUUUUCUUCAAACCCGGUCAAGUUUUCACUGAUGUAGUUGGCAGCCCAUACUAUGUUGCUCCUGAGGUUCUCCUCAAGCAUUAUGGGCCUGAAGCAGAUGUGUGGACAGCAGGUGUAAUACUAUACAUAUUACUUAGUGGCGUGCCACCGUUUUGGGCAGAGACCCAGCAGGGUAUAUUUGAUGCAGUAUUGAAGGGACAUAUAGAUUUUGACUCAGAUCCUUGGCCUCUAAUAUCUGACAGUGGAAAAGACCUGAUUAGAAAGAUGCUGUGUUCUCGGCCUUCGGAACGGUUGACUGCUCAUCAAGUGUUAUGUCAUCCUUGGAUAUGUGAAAAUGGAGUUGCCCCUGACAGGGCACUGGACCCUGCUGUUCUUUCUCGUCUCAAACAAUUUUCAGCAAUGAAUAAGUUAAAGAAGAUGGCUUUGCGGGUAAUUGCUGAAAGUCUAUCUGAAGAGGAGAUUGCUGGUUUGAGAGAAAUGUUUCAGGCUAUGGAUACUGAUAACAGUGGUGCAAUCACUUUUGACGAACUCAAAGCUGGUCUAAGAAGAUAUGGGUCUACCCUUAAGGAUAUAGAAAUACGUGAUCUUAUGGAAGCGGCUGACGUGGACAAAAGUGGAACCAUAGAUUAUGGAGAAUUUAUUGCUGCAACAGUUCAUCUCAACAAACUAGAGCGUGAAGAACAUCUCAUUGCAGCAUUCCAGUAUUUUGACAAGGAUGGUAGUGGUUAUAUCACAGUUGAUGAACUUCAACAAGCUUGUGCAGAACAUAACAUGACUGAUGUUUUUCUUGAAGAUAUUAUUAGGGAAGUUGAUCAAGAUAAUGAUGGAAGGAUUGAUUAUGGUGAAUUUGCUGCCAUGAUGCAAAAAGGCAACCCUGGAAUUGGUAGGAGGACUAUGCGCAACAGUCUGAAUUUAAGCAUGAGAGAUGCACCAAGUGCUCAAUAGCUUCCAAUUGUGCUCAUUAUGUACAGGUUGUGUGCAGCGAAGCCAGAAAGAGAAAAAUACAGCAUAAAUCUUUACAAAAAAUUGUUCAUAUCCUGCUGACCAGUCUUAUCCAUGAAGUUAGAAUUGUGGAUGCUCUCGCAUGAGCACCCAUCAAGUGUUACAUUUAUGUACUGUACGAGUGCAACGAUUGUUUCUCGCUUUGUAAACCUCAGUGUUGGGUGUUACAGCUAUUUCAAGUUGGUCUUCUGUUUUUCUGUGCUUUCAUGUAGGGGGCAUAAUGUCUAUAGUUGAAGUAGAAGGAUUUUGAUCUUUCAGGUUCUUGAUUUCACGGAUGUAAAGUUUCACACGCAUGACAUGAUGUAUUGGGCGAACUACGAAGCCCAUGUGGAUUAUGUUGGAGCACAUGCAUUGUGUUAAAGUGUCGUUGGAAGCAUAUUAUUUCCCA